AUGCUAUGUAAAAACAAGAAUAAUGUAAUACUAAAAUUUUUGAAAAGUGGUAGAAACAAUGCUUUUAAUAACUUUAUAAAUAUAUCUGAAAUAUGUGGUAAUAAAAUAUUGUUAAGAAGAUAUAACACAGGAACUCAUAGUUUAAGGAGUGAGUUUAUCAGUCAAAAUGCUUUUUCUUUCCUAAAUAAUAAUAAUAAAAUAUUAAGAACAAAUUUAAGAAAAUGUUUUUCUACAACAUCAACUAUUCAAUCAAACAUACCAACAACACAAACUACCAACAGUUUAACUUCUGAAUAUUCAAAGGACAUGUCGAUUUUAAAUAAUUCCAAUGUUUUAAUAUUUUUCGAUAAAAAUCAGCCUGAAACAAUUGGUCAAAAGAUUUAUAGAUAUUUAGAUAUAACCGGAUUUUUAACAAGAUAUAAUAAUAGAAAAGAAUGGAUUCUUGAUUUAGAUCCUUAUACUAGAUUGUCUACAGUUAUGUUAACUGAGUACGAAAGAAAAUUAAUGAUUUUUUUAAAAUUUCAUGUAUAUUUAUUAUUUGUAAUUUGUGUAUAUUUAUGGUAUCAUGCUCAAGUUCAUUUUACGAUGAAGUCACCCUGCCCAAAGCCAUAUGCAUAUGGACAUUUAGAUGGAAGAAAAAGAGAUUUUACUUGGCAUGGAAAAUUAUUUUUUAUUUAUCCAAAGACUAGGUGUAAAGAAUGUCGCUGGCUAGAUGUUCAAUGCAAAAAAGAAUGUUUUGAAAAACUAAAACAAGAAGGGCAUAAAUUUAUUAUUAAUAAAGGAGAUCCUUUAUCAGUACCAAAAAGUGUUUUAUAUCCAUCUCAUUUUCACUAA